AUGGAGGCAAAGAGGGAGCAGCGCGGCUGCAGUGAAGGUGAAAGUUCUCUCUCACCAGUCAGCCCAAGCAGGAGCACCUCGUCGGAUGAGAUCUUGGAGGACGGCGGCGGAACACACACUCACAGUGCAGAGGAAGUGAAGCAACAGGAUAAAGACGACCAUGGAGAGACGACACGACAGCCGCUGGUGAGUUUGGGCCCGAAGGACGGUGAAUGAGGGAGGAGCCUAGGUUGCUAAUGUGUUUGUGUGUGUCUGGCCAUGCAGGUGCCGCAGUCACAGUGUUUCAGGUGCAAGUGUGCGCUUGACGCCUCGUCCAAGAAGCACAGAUGCCGCCUCUGCCAAGAGGUCUUCUACUGCUCGCUCCGUAAGUCACUUUGGCAUGCGCACAGAGCACACAACCAGAUUCGUGCAGCUGUGAAUGGUUGUCUGUCUGUCUGCCUGUCUGUCUGUCUGUCUGUCUGUUGACGCAUAGGUUGUGCCGCCGACGACUGGAAGAUCCACAAGGAGCAGUGCGAGUGCUUCAGGGAGCUGCUCGUCAAGGCGUAUCCCCGCACCGUGGCGCUUCUCUACAUCGGCUGGAUUGACUGCGCCACGUUCGUCGAGCUGCAGAGGCAACGGGAGAUCCAGGAGGUCAGACGCGCCAUCGACCAACAUCACAAGAUGGCAGCAACACCAGCGGCAGCCAGUGGCGACGGUGACGAUGACCAGCAGCAGCAGCAGCUGGGUGUGGUUCUGACUGCGCACGUACACGCACCACUGGACACUGACACGCCCCUCUACGCCCUCAUGCUCGACGCCACCUUCUUCACCCUUCCUCGCCGCACCGUGCGACUGAUCCGCUUUCUGCCCUUCGCUCGUGACAGCUGGGAUCUGUACGACGACAAGGCGUCCUACCACAAGUUCACCUGGCGGUUCCUCAAGACGGCGGUCGAGGACUACAGUGCAGCCCUCGGCCUCCGCAUUCGGUGCUUGGUGGUCGGCCCCGCCAUCCCCUUGUAUGACAACUGUGCCGUCACGCUGCUUGGCGGCACGGUGCGCGCCGUGCCGGCACCGGAAAGACUGUUCGCCGCCGCGUGGCAUCGCGUCAUGGAGGAGGUCUUCAUGCAUUCGGCGCCGACGUGUCGGUCCGAGUAUGUAUCGCCGUCCGGUCCUGACGCGAAGGUGAACAUGGAGAAUGGCGGCCCCCUGAAACGCCUGAAGAGGGCCGUGAAGCAUGGGGAAGUGGAUGCCCUCACCGAAGCUGACGAGGCAUAUUUCUUGUCGGAGCUCGAAGCCCUUGACGCCUCCACUGACCUUGGUACAUGUCAGUCAGUCAGGGAAGGGAACCAUACUAUGGUGGAAAAGUGUGUGACCUUUCUUCGUCAGGUGCCCAGGGUCGGCGGCCAUCGUCGUCGAACGAGGACUUCAUCUAUCCGCGGCUGAUAUCCCCUCUAUGGGAGCAUUUCGACGACGGCGUGCCGACGGUGACGUCGCCGUGGGUGCAUCACAUCGUCCACCGGUGGGCGGAGACCAUGAUUGGUCACUGUCAAUCGAGCUGGACAAGAAGGUCGACAGGGACAUAUCGCGCCUGAAGGUGAGUGGCCCCCCUCCCACAGACACACACAGGCACAGCAGGAGGCACGUGACACUCAUUCGUGUGUAUGGUGUCCCUGCUGCCCCCCCACAGGCGGCGGGCAAGACGAUGAUGGACAAGAGGGCCGUGACGGAGAGCACGCUCCAGAAUGUCAUCAAGCGGGUCGAGAAGGAGUUCAUCAACGAGGUGCAGACACUGGCUGCGCUGCCGGUGAUCCCCAUCGAUAGAUUCCUACAUCUCGAGGACCGCACAGACGACACAUCAGAGGAGAAGGCGGGCCCGACACCGGCAAAGUGGGAGGACACGCAGCCGGCGGAGCACCAUAAGAGGGUGGAGUUCGUGUCAUUCCAGGAGGCCGUCAGCGAGCUUAAAAAGUUCGAGCGCAGCCUCAAGAGGGCGCACGAUGGCAAGGUGGGCGGGUGUGUGUGUGUGGUGUGUGGAUUCAUGCAUUGAUGGGAUGGGUGUGUGCGUGCAUGUUCUGUGUGCAGAGCACUGCGUGUCAGGGAUCCCUGUCGACGGGCCUCUCGAAGAUGUUUGACUACUUGGACAAGUAUUGCCAUUUCUCGAUGUGGCCCGCUCUACUCAAGGUCUCAUGCACGAACACUGAAUACGCCGUGCGUCCAUCGUGCACACAUACAUACAUGUCUGUGUCUAUGUGUGUGUCCUUUCUGUGUGUGUGUGGUGCAGAAGGAGACCGAGUUGUACAAGCUGAUCACUCUGCGGCUCAAGCCCGGCAACAAGACACUCGUGCCGACGUGCAAUGUCCUCCUGGGGAGGCUGAAAGACGCUGAGAAGGUCAUCGAGACGCCACACACGCCCCUGCAGGUGUGGGCCGAGCCAAGAGGGGUGGACAGACAGACAGACAGACAGACAGACAGAUAGGCGGCACGCACGAGUCUUCUUUCUCUUGUUGGUGUCAGAACAAGACAGAUCGGGUGUAA